ACAACCAUGCACGCUAGGGAUUGGUUAUUGGCUUUCAUUGGGGUGUUUUUACCGUUUGUUCCAGUUGGCAUCAAACGUGGUAUCUGUUCUGCAGACUUUUGGAUCAACAUUGCACUAUGUUUCCUUGGCUUUUUGCCAGCUCUGAUACAUUGCUGGUAUAUCAUAUCUUGCUAUCCGCAUGAUACCCAUACGAGGUAUACUGGAGUCACGCUACCUGGACGCGAACAACAGAACUAUGGCAGCGUUUGACCUAGGUUCUAGUUCAUGAAGGGACACUCGAAAGGGUGGUCUUAAAUAACUUUGUGUAUGUGGGGGAAUAUUUUAUUUUGUUUACAAGUGUAAUAAAGCACUCUUAUGAGCAGUGCCACAAUCUUCAGCAGGAACAUCAGUCUCGAGUUCCAACAUGGGUAUCUGAAAACCUUUUAUACCUGCAGCCCGACACUUAGCCCAACACAGUGUGGGUUAAAAGAAUGGGAAACGAAGAACAUGGAUCAGUUGUAUUUACCCAACCUGACCAGUAUGAAAGUAUGUAAUCAGCUACCGUGAUACUAACCAAAGCUAUCAUUCAAUCUGGUUCUUGACGGCCAGAGUGUGAAUCCUCAAAGACAUCCUGUAGCCUGUGAAAUGAUUGCACAUUGUCUAAUGCAGGGCAAAAUUUGGGAGCAGCUAAGAUAUUUGGCAUCUUUCAAGCAGGAGAAGCUUCAAACCACCUGUUGCUCUAUAAUACUUAAAGACGAUUUGCUGAAUAGGCAAAUGUAUCAGGACCUCAAAAACAACGCAAACGGAAUCGCAAAGCUCAACAACACAUUGAUAUACAUUUUGGAUGAAGUCGUUUUCCAUAUCUACAUUAAUGACGAUCGUCUCUGCCCUUCAAACAGCAACUUUAUAAAGUUGUUAAUGGAGGACCUCAAUUAUCUCAUGGCAUGUAACUACCUGCAACUAGAGUCUGCUUUCCCUUUGGUGUUUUGCUUUUAUUCCCGUUCUAUAUUGCAACAAUCAUAUGAGCUAGUGUCCUCCAUCCAAGAGUCGCUUCAAAGGAGAACACAAGACCAAUUAUCGGGACGACGCGAAAUCGUGAUUGGGUUCUUGAAACAGGUCUCCGCAAAAAAUAUGAGGUGGUUCUGGUCGAAGCACAAGUCGCAUAGAAACCCGGAUUCCAUCAAGGUUUUCUUGUUGGAGUUCUUCAAUCAUGAGGCUGCGCUGUAAUGCACAGCUAAUUUAUGCCUCUUUAUAGUUAAAUUUCAAUCGCUCCAACUCUAGAAUUUCUUGACUCAAGCUUCCAAUAUCUUUAAUGAGGGAGUAUAAGGUAAGUGACGACAGGAAAGGAACGAAAAAAAGCAUAUCGAGAAUUCCAGUAUAAAAGCGAAUGCUCAUAAGGAAGAUUGUCGCUGAGAUCGCCAUGAUUGCAAUAAGUAUUUGAAUAUUGGUGAAUCUAUCAAAGAGUUCUCGAGGUUUAAUGAAUUCAACAUGGAUCAGUACUGAUAGUCCAAGAAUUGUCACGCAAGUAAGACAGCUGACUACUGGAUUUUCACGCCGAUAGUGUGGAUGAGUGAUGAGGAUUAGAUUAAUUGCUGCAAAGCAUAUCUGGAUCAAAUAUAGCACCUUGCUAAACCGAUCGUCCAGCUUAUUUCGAGGCCGAAGUUUGCUGAAGGGCACAUUCUCCUUGAAGUUUUCGAUUAGGACAGAUUGGUCUUGCAAAUCCAAGGGAAGGUCCUCGUCGUCCGUGGUAUAUUUUGAAUUGAUGACUUUGCGUAAU